CCGCCUUGGCUAACCCUAUCCCCAAACCCACUCGAAAACCCCGCGCCGCUGCUUUCUCCGCGUGUGCUCCGGUGAUGUCGGCGACGGCGACGGCGGCGGCCAUCCGCUCCGGAGAGCUACUCGCGUGCCCGAUGGCUCUGCGGAGGGCGGCGGCGCCCGUGGCGGCGGCGAUGUCGUUCCGGAUGGGGAGAGCCGCGACCGCGAGGGCGGGGCGGUUGGCGACGAGGGUGAGGGUGAGGGUGGUGGCCGCGGCGGAGGAGGGGGCGGCGGAGGGGAAGUCGUCCGGGAAGAAGAAGAGGGCGGCGAGCGGGAUCAUGAAGCCGAAGCCCAUCUCCGCCGAGCUGCGGGAGUUCGUCGGCGGCGCGGAGGAGCUGCCCAGGACGGAGGCGCUCAAGAUCAUCUGGGCGCACAUCAAGGGCAACAACCUCCAGGAUCCGAACAACAAGAAGAUAAUUGUGUGUGACGAGAAACUGAAGAAGAUAUUUGGAGGGCGUGAUCGUGUUGGAUUUCUUGAAAUCUCUGGGUUACUCAAUCCUCAUUUCCAGAAAUGACAGCAUUUAUGUAAAUCUUGCUCUUUUUGUAUUAGCUGUGACUUUUAUCAGUAUCUUUAGCUAAACUUGAUAUGAAUGGUGCCUUGUGCUGGUUUAAGAAUGGUGAACGUGUUCUUGGAACACACAUCUUCCUUUAAUAUUGUCAUUAAAUGGUUUACUGGCUUUUGGCUCUUCAUCAA